AUGACGACUUUACAUGAUGAAAAACUAGAGGCCGCAAAAGAAACAGGAGAAAAGGAAGACUGCGAACACUUAGACGACGAAGAAGAAGAUGAUGAAUUGUCCUUCUCGUCGGACUCAGAAAUCGGGGAGGCUUUGGAUUAUUUGGAUUCGAGGGAUGACGCUGACGGCGGUGUGGUGGAUAGCUCGUUCACCUUGCUGCACACAAGGCGGCCCAAUGCUCAUGGUGGGCUCCACUCCAGGCCCAACAACUCCUCUCUUCAGCCGAUAUCAAAUAAGUCUCAGAAAAUUUCCAGUCACUUCCGGGCGUCUCCAUUGGAGGAGUGGGAAGGGAGAUUCAAUGUUGGGAUGUCGAAUUCUGUUACAACUGCCAUUCGUGAUAGUGUUCGUGAUAUGGCCAUUGGCAAGACUAAAACAACCGAGAAGGCAGAUCGGGCAACGGUUGAGCAGGCAAUCGACCCUAGAACCCGUAUGGUUUUAUUCAAAAUGUUGAACCGGGGCGUGUUUAAUGAUAUCAAUGGCUGCAUAUCAACUGGGAAAGAAGCCAAUGUCUACCAUGCUACUAAAUCUGAUGGGCAGGAAUUGGCAAUCAAGGUCUACAAAACAUCCGUUCUUGUAUUCAAGGAUAGAGACCGUUAUGUGCAAGGUGACUACAGGUUCAGAUAUGGGUAUUGCAAGCACAACCCCCGAAAAAUGGUUAAGACUUGGGCUGAGAAAGAAAUGAGGAAUCUAAUGAGGCUGAGGGCAGCAGGAAUUAGGUGUCCAGCUCCACUACUUUUGAGGCUUCAUGUUCUGGUCAUGGAAUUUAUAGGCAAGGCAGGUUGGGCAGCACCUCGGCUCAAAGACGCUGAUUUGUCUCAUGAUAAGUUACGUGAAGGUUAUGUGGAGAUGAUAAUAGCAAUGCGAACAUUAUAUCAGAAGUGCAAACUGGUGCACGGAGAUCUCAGUGAAUACAACAUACUUUACUAUGAGGGUCACUUGUAUAUUAUUGAUGUUUCACAAUCAGUUGACCUUGACCAUCCUCAUGCCCUUGAUUUCCUUCGAGAGGAUUGCAUACACAUUUCAGAUUUUUUCAAGAAACACGGAGUAGCUGUAAUGACAAUACGUGAAUUAUUUGAUUUUAUUGUGGAUCCUACUAUUCAAGAUGAUUUGGUGGACAGUUAUCUGGAAGAAGUGCAACAAAAAAUCUUGGCUAGAGGUGACACGAUAUCCGUAGAGGAGGAAAUCGCAGAUUCUGUUUUUGUGCAGACCUUCAUCCCGAAAACUCUGGACCACGUGAAGAAUGCCGAGGAAGACGUGCAGCGGAUAAUAAGCGGUAAAGACACAGAGGACAUGUACUAUCAAACUAUUACCGGUCUCAAGAAAGCCCUCUCCAUCUCCAACUCAUCCCAACCGGAAAAGGGGCCGACCCAAGAAAAUACCUCUGAAAAUGCAAAAUCACAGGACUUGCCAGGUGGCGAGUCAGAAACCGAGUCCGAGGGAAGUGAUGUUGAAACGAGUGACUCGGAUGAGGGCUCGUCAUCUGAAAGUGAGAAACAAACGCCGGCAGAUAAAAAAGCGGCCAGGAAAGAGAACAAGAAGAAGGUGAAAGAGGAAAAGAGGGAGGCCCGGAAAAACAAAGUCCCCAAGGCCGUGAAAAAGAAGAAGAAGAAGCUGGCGAAAGCCAAGAAAUAUCGAUGA